AAUUUUUUCACGUUUUAAAAGCAAUAAAGAAAAGAUAAGACACGUGUUUUUCUUGUUUACCACGUAUACGUGACUUUUUCUCAUUUAUAAUCCAUAAAUAAAUGGAAAAAAACGGGCGAAAAAAGGAAAUUCCCAUUGAGAAAACUAUAUACAUAAAGGAGGGACUCUGCUCUUUUUCGUUAUAUCACACACAAAUAGGAAGCCAACACCAAUAAUUAGGGUUUGCGCCUCUCACAAUCUCCGUUUACAAUUCCAUUCUUCGUUUCGUUUUCCCCCGAGGAGAGAUCAAACGAUACGGAGAUGCAUUCGAAAAUCCAGGUACGAUCAUCAUCGGUUGUAGAUAUGGAUCUAGACGUAGUAGAAGAAACUGUAGAUAGGUCGGCGUCGGGGGAGGGAAAACCAUCUCUCGGUUCCGUCACUGUGAAAUUCAAAUUGAAUAUCGCGAAGAAAAGUUUUAGGAAGAAAAGAAUCAGAGAAGAGGAAGAAGAAGAAGAAGACGGUAAGGUUUUAGGGAACUACGAGAUAGCGAGGUUGAGGGCAGAAGCGAGACGAGAGUAUCUGAAGAAGAGGGAGAGUAAGAAGGUGGAGGAGUUUAAGGAAGAGGUGGAGUUCGAGCUUUCGCGGUUCAAAGGCGUUAAGCUUACAGAGAAGGAAGAGGUGGAGUUUAGGUACAAGAAGGAGCUGUAUAAGCUGUUGAACACCACGUGGGGUGAUGAUGAUGUUGGUUAUUAUAAGAUUCCAGAUGCUUAUGAUGAUCGCGAAGGUGGCGUUGAUCAGAGGAAGAGGUUUGCUGUGGCGAGGCAACGGUGUGGUGAUGGUGAGAUGAUGACGAGGGAGAGAGAAGCUUGGGAGGAUCAUCAGGCGAAGAAGGCGACGGUUAGGUUUGGUUCUAAGGACAAGAAGCAAGUUUGUGAUGGGUUUAAGUUUGUGUUUGACGAGGUGGCAAGCUUCGUCGAGGCGUCUAGUGAGAUGGAAGUUGAUAGAGAGGAGUCAAGAACAGUUGCUGAAAGGGGUAAGGAAGAUAGGAAGAUGCUUCCGAUAUAUGCGUACAGAGAUGAGCUGCUGAAACUCGUUGAAGAGAAUCAGGUUCUCGUGAUUGUCGGGGAGACAGGGUCAGGGAAGACGACGCAGAUACCGCAGUAUCUUCGAGAAGCUGGCUACACAAAGCGUGGGAAGAUCGGUUGCACUCAGCCUAGGAGAGUUGCUGCGAUGAGCGUUGCUUCCAGAGUGGCUCAAGAGCUGGGUGUAAAGCUCGGACACGAGGUUGGAUACUCCAUUAGAUUCGAAGACUGUACUUCGGAGAGAACAGUUAUCAAGUACAUGACUGAUGGGAUGCUGCUUAGAGAGCUUAUCGCUGAACCGAAACUAGAUAGCUAUAGUGUCAUCAUUGUUGAUGAGGCGCAUGAGAGAACGUUGUCCACUGAUAUUCUGUUUGGAUUAGUGAAGGACUUGGCAAAGUUUAGGCCUGACCUGAGGCUGAUAAUCUCAAGUGCAACGCUAGAAGCUAAAAAGUUCUCUGAGUAUUUUGAUUCGGCUAGGAUCUACAUGAUCCCUGGGAGAAGAUAUCCAGUUGAGAAGCUCUUCCAGAGAUUUCCUGAACCUGACCGUUUGGAGACGGCGGUACGAACUGUGUUUCAGAUCCAUCAGAGGGAGCCGCUUGGAGACGUUUUGGUUUUCCUUACCGGACAAGAAGAGAUUGAAACAGCGGAAACGAAGUUGAAGGAAGGGAUGAAAGAUUUGUGUUCAAAGAGCUCUGAGAUCGUUAUCUGUCCUAUCUACUCGAAUCUCCCGACCGAACUACAGGCGAAAGUGUUUGAACCGGCUCCAAAAGGGUCACGGAAAGUUGUCCUCGCGACUAAUAUUGCGGAAACAUCGUUAACAAUCGAUGGGAUUAAGUACGUGGUUGAUCCAGGGUACUGCAAGAUCAACUCUUACAACCCAAGAACCGGAAUGGAGUCGCUUCUCGAAACUCCAAUCUCCAAGGCUUCCGCAGAGCAACGAGCUGGCCGGUCUGGAAGAACCGGUCCGGGCAAGUGUUUCAGGCUGUACAACGUGAAGGACUUGGAGGCCACAACGAUACCUGAAGUGCAAAGAGCAAACCUUGCAAGCGUUGUACUUACUCUGAAGAGUCUUGGGAUCGAAGACGUGUUCAACUUCGACUUCAUGGAUCCUCCACCUGAAAACUCUCUGUUAAAGGCUCUAGAGCUGCUCUACGCUCUCGGCGCUUUGGAUGGGAAAGGUGAGAUUACUAAGCUUGGAGAGAGAAUGGUCGAGUUUCCCGUUGAUCCGAUGCUAUCGAAGAUGAUUGUCGGCUCGGAGAAGUACAAGUGCUCGGCUGAGAUCGUCACUAUAGCCGCCAUGCUGUCUACAGGGAGCUCCAUCUUUUACCGACCAAGCAGGAACCAACAGUAUCUCGCAGACAAUGCACGGAUGAGUUUCUACACAGAUGAGGCCGGUGACCACGUUGCCUUGCUAAGGGUUUACAACUCGUGGAAGGAAAUGAACUACUCAAGUCAAUGGUGCUACGAGAACUACAUCCAGAGCAAGAGCAUGAGAAGAGCUAGAGAUAUACGUGAGCAGCUAGCUGGGCUUCUAAAGAAGAUUGGAGUUGAACUUACUUCGAAUUCUGAGGAUCUAGACGCGGUUAAGAAGGCGAUCCUUGCUGGUUUCUUUCCUCAUUCUGCAAAGUUGCAGAAGGAUGGAUCGUACAGAAGAGUGAGAGAACCUCAGACGGUUUAUGUGCAUCCUAGCUCGGGCUUGUUUGGGGCGUCCCCUAAGAAGUGGUUGGUGUAUCAUGAGCUAGUACUUACUACCAAGGAGUAUAUGAGGCAUAUAACCGAGAUGAAACCUGAGUGGCUGGUUGAAAUAGCUCCACAUUACUACAAGCUUAAAGACAUAGAAGAGGCUCAGCCAAAGAAGAAAACUCAGAGCAGAAGCAGAAGCACAAAGUCCUUGAUGUCGAAGGUUGAUGAUACUAACAAGAAAGCAAAGAAGCCCUUGAUGUCGAAGGUUGAUACUAACAAGAAAGCAAAGAGGUAAUAUCUAAACCUUAGUGUUUUUCUUUACUGUUUCUGAACCAAGUUGAAAUAAUUGUGACAAUGUAUUACUUUUUCCUACAUUAAGGUUCUUAUGUGUUUGUUUAGGCACACUAUCAGUUUAUGAUAACUAAUUACUACUGUUUACAUGUUUGUGAGUUUUUCGAGUAUUAAGUGGAGAAAGGCAGAAGAAAAUCACCUGGGGAAAAAGCUGUGCCAAUCCACCUGGAAAAUUGCUCCGUUUCAAGAGAUGUUUUCGUAGCCUCAAUAGCAGUAACUCGAUGGAGAAGAUUCCGGAUGUUGUCCACCCAUGUCUGCUUAUCAGCCUUGCUCUUGCACUUGAACUUCGUUAGACCUUUCCCUGUGCUUAUUCCAAAAUAGAGCUCUCCUUCUUCUGCGUUUUGUGUUUCUUUUACAUUUUGCAGGCCCGUGACUGUCUCGCAUACAUCAUUCACAAUACCUGCGGUCAUUGGAUUUAUAGUGUAAAGCAUUAGUUGACAAAGUCCCAAGAAUUACUUGGCACCAAAAGAAGCUUUAUCUGAAAAGGUGGUACUAAGUUAGCUAAGUACCUUUGCUUUUCAUGGAGAAGGCUCCUCUAACAUGUUUGCUUUUGAUUUCUACUACGACCUGCACAAAGAGAAAAUGACCAAAAAUGUCAAAACUCCUGUAAAGUCAAUGAGUCAAUUCAUCAGUGUCAUGGUAAAGUUGUUUGCAUACAAAGAUGGAAGCAGUUCAACAGAAUCCCUCACCGUUUCGUGUGCACUGCAUUAGCUCUCCAUUACAUUCCAACUCUGAUUCUUCAACUCCCUGUGCAGAUGCUUGUUCCUCAGUGGUUGUGCUGGAGGAAUCAAUCUCAGAAGAGCAAUCAUGAGUCUCUGGUAAAGCUCUCUCGCAAGGGCUUAUAGCUGCUGCAUUGUUCUUAGCUUCCUUUGGUAGUCUUGUCCUCAAAGCUGCUUCUCCUCUCAAUGCUACAUUCACCACCAAAAUAACAUAUCUUAUUACCAAAAAACCAAACUUGGUGAUCAACUCAAUCUGCACUGGAAGUUGUAGCUUCUGAGUUUCCGACAACGUUGCAAUUUACCUGUUGCGGCUGCAGCAGUUAGAGUCAGCAAAUCGCCCGGUCCACGAACAUCGACGGCGGAUCGGACGGCAGACACGACGCGAUCGUGGCCGGCGCCGGAGAGCUCUGCUAAUUCGACGCAGUGAGAAGCUAACAGCUCAGAUGCCGAGGCCAGCGCUGAGAUCAUCUUUGGUUCCGUGAAGGCACCACCGUCUUGGUUUGCCGAAGCUGUCACGGCGGCUAUGGCCGUCGCUAGAGACGCAAUGGAGACGGCGGUGUGAAGAUGCGCGUUCUCAUAUCGAGAUUUAUCUCUCUUGCUUACGCCGGGAACCUUCCCGCCGACGAAAUCUCGGUGGUGGAACCAUUUCCCGAUGGCACUUGUUCGCCGCGGGUGAACCACGCUCGCCGGUUUUUCCGCCUGUGAAAGACACAGUUUAAAUCUCAUGGGCUUUUAACAGGUUGGAGAGUUAUAUGACUUUGGGCCUAGUAAUGUAUCAUGGCCCACAAAUAAUAACACUUAGAAAAUUCUUUUCAGUGUAUGCAGCCGCAGUAUGGUCGAAUAAAAAAUAUGAAAUGAAAUAAUGAAAUAAUUUUCACCCUUA